GGGAACCCCAUCAGCUGUGGGAAGCAACACAGCUUGAACUUACUUUUAUUUUUCUAAGUCUAUUCUUCAGAUUUAGCACAUUUUUAAGCGGUGUUUUAGAUAUGCGCCAUUGAGGAGUACAGCGAGAGCUCGGUGCUACAAAAAACCAGGCUAGAUUUUAACAAGGACAGCAGUGGAGGAAAAAGAAGAAGAAGAAAAAAAAACCGAAAACACGGACUACAGAAGGUGGCUUUGGAAGCAUGGAAUAUUUCAUGAUGCCGACAGACAAGAUCCCGUCCUUACAGCAUUUCAAGAAGACGGAGAAGGACGUUAUUGGAGGUCUCUGCAGCCUGGCCAACAUCCCCCUCAGUCCGGAGACGGCCCAGGACCAGGAGAGACGAAUCCGCCGCGAGAUUGCCAACAGCAACGAACGCCGGCGCAUGCAGAGCAUCAACGCCGGUUUCCAGUCUCUCAAAACAGUCCUGCCCCACACAGACGGAGAGAAACUUAGCAAGGCGGCCAUCUUGCAGCAGACAUCGGACUACAUCUUUGCCCUGGAGCAGGAAAAGACGCAACUCCUGUCACAGAACAACCAGCUCAAACGCUUCAUCCAGGAGUUCAGCGGCUCAUCGCCCAAGAGGAGGCGAGCCGAGGAGAAGGAUGAAGGCAUCGGCUCUCCAGACACGCUGGAGGAGGAGAAAGUGGAGGAGGUGAGGAGGGAGAUGCUGGAGCUGCGACAGCAACUGGACAAGGAACGCUCCGCUCGACUGCAGCUGGAGGAACAGGUGCGAGCGCUGAACUCCCAGCUGCAGCCCGAGCGUCUGAAGGUGAUCACGCAGCAGGUGGAGGAGGAGCAGGCGCUCAUCCAGACCCAGACGCUAUUACGGCUGCACCAGAUCCACGCCGCCGACCGCCGGCCACACAGUCCACAGGUGCUGGCGUCUCCCGCCCCGCCGGCCCCAACCCGCCACCCCACGGUCAUCGUUCCGGCCCCGACACUAACCCAGCACCACGUCACCGUGGUGACCAUGAGCCCUUCUGUCCACACCAGCACCGUGUCCACGUCCAGACAGAACCUGGACACCAUUGUGCAGGCCAUCCAGCACAUCGAACGCGCUCAGGAGAGGAGAGCGAGCGCCGAGGAGGAGCAGAGACGAGCCGUCAUCGUUGGCCCCGCCCACGUCGCCAUGGACACCGCCUGCUCAGACACAGACACCGACACAGAGGCCGAGGACUGCUCGAUGAACUGAUCCCCCCCCCACCCCAUGAACUCACAUACAAAACACACACACACACACACUUAAAUACCUACUCACUGUAAGAUUCCCUCCAGGAGCCCGACUACUUUUUAAAAAGAAAACAAAUAUUUCGUUGGCAUUACCCAAACUCCUAAAUCCAGUGGUUAAGCUCGGUGUCGGUCUCGUACUGUAAAAAUCUAAAACAAAUCGUCUGGUCAGUGCGAGAGGAGGCCCUGUGGGGUUUCUGGAAGCUGUUUUUCAAAGCCAGAGCCGGCCUGUGGCUACUUGGAAGCUCGAGGGUCUCCUCGUGCAACACGCUCUCGGCGUCGGUCCGUCCUCCUGCGUGUUUACGCGAUCCGGCUUACGGACGCGGUAUCACGGUUAACUGUCGUCACUGGCACGCCGACAGUGUUAUUUGUGCGACAAAAUGAUGGAGCCGGUACAGUGGAGAGUUGAAUGUAACAACACAAAUAAGCACGCAGCUCUUGAAUCUGAAAAGGAGACGAUGGAGUUGCAGAUAUUUCCUCCCCCGUCUUAAUUACUUAGUUUUUUCUUUGUUUCCCGGUCGGCUCGGUGAUAUUCUAGUGCCAGUGGCCACGAAACUCAACUUAAACUACAACAGAAGGCAUUUCUAAAUUUAAAAAAGUUAGGGACUAAUUCAAACUUGAUAGCAAAGUAAAUUUGAGGAAAGAUGUUUAUUGAAAUUAUGUCUGAUUUACUUGAAAAAAGGUUGUGUUUUUGAUAUCUAAAUAAGCCCUUAUAAAAAUAAGCUGUUGAACAAUUUACAUUAAUCGUCUUUUUAGUUUUAAUGUUCAUGUUUUUGUAAACUUUUUUUUUUCUUCCGUCAGGGUUACUGAAUGUCGACGGUUAACAUUUUGUUAUUUUGAGAUUAACAACUUAAAUGUCGGGUAUUUACAGAGAACCGGAGGCCUUGAGAUAUAUAAAUAAAACAAAGAUUUUAAAUUUCUUAUCUACUCGUGGCGAUUUUGUUUCGCCCCCUAACUUAAAAAAAGGAUGUUUUUAUACAAAAUAAUUUUACGUAAAACAAAUGGCAUUUUAAUGGCUGGUGUUAAAUCUCAAUCGGCCUGAGACGAUCAAACUUCGUCCUUGAAUCGUUUAAAUCUGAAACGGAGAAACGUGACUCGCGUGCUCUGAUGAAGGCUUCCGGUUUUCCUCCAAAGACUUCCAGUCCGUCUCCUGCUCUUGGUUUGUUGAUUUCACAAACUAUGCACUAGGUUGUUUUUUUGGUAUUUAUGCAAUUCCAUCUUCAGUCCAGUCGUCGUGUCCUUUUUAUACGCGAGGUGAAGUUGUCUAUGCGCCGUUGCUAGGUGUGUACGUUACACCUGCAGUAUGUGUGAACCUAAACCUGCUUGUCUCACAGAAAGUAGUCUCUCUGUCGGCGGGCCGAGGCCGAAACUCCUUCAUUCUAACGUCACACUUUUAUUCCCGAUUUGUUCAAAUUCUUCCAUCGAAAUGAUCGGCGUCGUUUCCGCAGCUUGACGUAGCUUAGAGAGCGGAGAGGAGCAGCUCACGUGUUCUCUCGUUGUGACGUAGGCUCACGUCAAUGUACACAUAUCAUCCCGAUAUUAACUAGGUCACAUCAUUGCUCAACUCCAACCCCAAAAAGCAUCUUUUUCUUAUUUAAAAAAAAAAUAAUGAUUUGAAGAGAAGAUCAGCACUAGAGUUGCAUGCUGUUCUGUACUGUAGUUCCAAGUUUUCAGAUGCCACAAAAAGUGCAAAAAUAAUGAAAUGUACUGAAUUGAAGAGCCUUCCCCAAAUCUCCACGUCUUCUGUUUUUUCUGAAGUGCACCAGGUCUGUCCGCCUCAUGUUGCGUUGCUUAUGUUUCUCGGGACUUUGACUGGAACUCCGUGGGUCGAGCUUCCCUCCUGUCAUACUCAAUUUGAUACGCCGACUCGAUGCUGUAAACAUUCCUUUUUUUACUUGGAUUUUUUUGUGUCUGUCUUUUUGAUCUCUUAUAUGCUCUGUUGCCAAUUGAAUGCAUGUUACUAAUGGCUGUUUUCUCUUCUCUAAAGAGGUUUUAUUUUUUUUUUUUUUUGCAGGUUUAUUUUCUUAUGAACACAUGACUGAUGCGUUCAGUGUGAAACUGUCCGGUGCGAGACGUGCUGACACGAUCACUCGCUCAGUCCAGUUUUAUAUUUGGGUAGAGUCGUAUUGUUCUCAUCAAACAUGGUGAGAAAUGCUAAUAUGUUCUUUGUUUAUGGGGUUUGGUGUUUUGUUGACGAAUGGUAAGCCCCGUGCCGAGGUUUGUGAUCCGUCAGCGGGACCCUCCCCCCCCCCCCCCUCCCAAUGUUUCUGUACAUUGUGUUGCAGCACUGUUGUCUUUUGGUGGAAUUUGAGAUAUUUGAUAUGAAGCACUUGCUGUUCUGUACUGCCUGAAUCAAUGAUGAGGAAGCAAUUUCUUUCUUUUUUUACAUUUAUUAUUUUGUAAACUCUUGCUGUGACAUGACAUAACAGCUGUUUUUAUUCUGCUUUUUUCUGUCUUAUCAUUUGUCUUUGUCUGUUUUUUUUCUCCAUUUUUGAUGACAAGCAUCAAAUUUUUUUAUAUUUGUGUUUUUGUUAUUUUUUCCAUCUGUCCAGGUCGAUGAGAAGCUGUUAUAUUUUGUUUAUAAAAACUUACGUAAACAGGCCUUUGUAAAGGUGAAAAAAAAAAAAAUUUGUACUUUUUUUAUUACA